AAUUUUUCUGAAAUGGCCGCUAGGUUUACUAUUGUUUUUCCAAGGAAAUGAAUCUCUCACUUACAUUUUACAUUAGUUUGAAUGAACAAUCUCUAAUUGUUUCAUUGAUGUUGAACAUGGACCAAAAUGGGUCUUCCUUUGGUCAAACACUCUAAAAGAAUGUACGGAGGAAAUCACAAACGCAUAUUAGCCACCAUUUUUGGCGGCAAUACAAUCUUAUGGUGAUAUCAAUGACAUUUCAUGCUUCGAUUUCGACUGUUAAUUCCACGUAGAACUGAGUAGUCCAGUUUUCUUUUGUUCCUCUUCUUUCAUUUCUCCAUUUAUAAUCACAAAGGAGAAGACAUAUCUUUGGAUUUGAAGGGUUUCAAAGGAAUCCUUACUCGGAAUAUUAUUCCGCACAAAUAGAGUAAACGCCAUUUUACCCCCUGAAUAUAAAUUGUUGAGCCUUGUUAACAUAUUGAAAACAUCUACGUGGUUUUUUGCAUUUUUCCGUUGAAUCGCCUUAUUAUAAUAUCUGGUUUGGGCACAAAUAGAACUGGUCGUUCUAGCUAAGCCGUUGCAUCUUUUCUCCUCCACCAUUUUGAAAAUGCCUUCAACAAUUUCUGCCGAUGACAUUAACAACCCUAUCGUUGUGGCCAUUGAUAAAGACAAACACAGCUCCUCUGCUGUCAAAUGGGCGGUUGAUCAUCUCGUGAUAAGCAAUCCAACGCUUUUUUUGGUCCAUGUUAGGAUGAAGAACUCACCAAAUCAGGUUAGUGCUAAUGGUGCUGGUCAAAGUUCAAAUCGUGGAUUAAGUGAGCAAGAAACUCAUAAGGUCUUUACACCUUUCCGGGCUUACUCUGCACGUAAAGGGAUAGCAGUGAAAGAGGUUGUUAUUGAAGAUAUUUCAGUGUCUAAGGGACUUCUAGACUACAUCAACAGCUAUCGUGUCAGCAACAUCAUUCUUGGUGCAUCAUCAAGAAGUGCUUUCUCCAGGAAAUUUUGGACUCAUGAUGUGCCAACUAUCGUAAACAAGGCUGCACCAGAUUUUUGUACUGUGUAUGUGAUAUCAAAAGGAAAGCAACAAUCAGUCAGACCUGCAGCUGAACCUCUUGCUAGUUCUUCAGCAAGGCUAACAUCUCCCCAGCCAUGGUCAGCAGCUAGGCUAAGUAAUUACUCUGAACCAGAAGAUGUAUCCAGGUCAGUAUAUAUGAGGGCAGAGAAAAAUAUGUUAGGGCCUGAGAUGUUGCCCAAAAGCGGAACAUCUAAUUGUUCAAUUGACAGUUUUGAUGUUCAUACAAGAGAGUCAAAGAAUUCAUAUAGCCGGAGUGGUCUGUCCGAUGACAGUGGUCUAUUUGCACCUCUUAGUUGUGGAUCAGUGGAUGUCACAGCCCAAAAUCUUGACUUCACUCAAGUUUCAGUGAAGGACGAUAGUAGUUCCUCAUCUGCGUGGGAGGCUGAGAUGAACAGAUUAAAGUUAGAGCUAAGGCAAACCAUGGAUAUGUACAACUCAGCUUGCAAAGAAGCUGUCUCAGCAAACCAAACGGCUAAAGAGCUUAAUCAAUGGAAAAUGGACGAAGCUAGUAGGUUCAAACAGUCCCGUAUUUCUGAAGGGACACCUCUAGCUAUGGCUGAGAUGGAAAAAGCUAAAGGCAGAGCUGCCGUCGAAGCUGCUCAAAAAUCACAAAGGUUGGCUGAGUUAGAAGCAAAAAGAAGAAAGUAUGCGGAGUUGAAGGCAAUGCGAGAGGCAGAAGAAAAAAAUUUAGCAUUAAAUGAUCUAUCUCGGAAUGAUAUCUGCUAUAGGAAAUAUACGAUAGAAGAGAUUGAGAUAACUACCAAAAAUUUCUCAAAUUCAGAGAAGAUUGGUGAAGGUGGAUAUGGCCCUGUUUACAAAGGGAGACUUGACCACACACCUGCAGCCAUUAAAGUUCUGAGAUCUGAUGCUGCACAAGGGAUGCAACAGUUCAAGCAAGAGGUUCAGGUCCUUGGCCUCAUGAGGCACCCAAAUAUGGUUCUACUCUUAGGUGCAUGUCCCGAGUAUGGAUGUUUAGUUUAUGAGUUCAUGAAUAAUGGUAGCCUUGAAGAUCGCCUGUUCCGGAAAGGUAACACCCCUCCCAUCCCAUGGGAGAUACGUUUCAAAAUUGCUGCUGAAAUCGCUACAGGGCUGCUAUUCCUUCACCAAGCAAAGCCAGAACCUCUUGUCCAUCGUGACCUUAAGCCAGGAAACAUUCUUUUAGACAGCAAUUAUGCCUGCAAAAUUAGUGAUGUAGGCUUGGCUAGGUUAGUUCCACCAUCUGUAGCUGAUUGUGUUACACAAUAUCACAUGACUUCAGCUGCAGGAACUUUUUGUUACAUUGAUCCCGAAUAUCAACAGACAGGAAAGUUAGGGACUAAAUCGGAUAUAUAUUCACUUGGUGUAAUGUUGCUCCAAAUUAUUACUGCAAGGCCCCCCAUGGGUUUAACUCAUCACGUGGAGAGGGCCAUCGAGAACGGAACAUUUGCAGAUAUACUAGAUCCAACAGUGCCAAACUGGCCGAUGGAAGAGGCUCUUAAUUAUGCAAAAUUAUCGCUCAAGUGUGCUGAGCUGCGGAAGAAAGAUCGACCUGAUCUUGGUUCGGUGAUACUGCCCGAGCUUAAUAGGCUUAAAGAACUUGGAAUGAGCUGCAUGUCAAGGACAGGUAGCAGUCCUAACUCUGUUUGAUUUUGUUGAAAGAUUUUGAAGAUCGAACAUCGUCAAUCAGUUAGGUGGACUGGUGCCUCAUCGUAGACAACAGUGGAUCAAGUGCAAUUAUACUUUUCUUCUCCUUUUCUAGUAAAUCUUGCUGCAGUAAAACGAAAACAAUUUAUUAUAUACAGAAUGGUUGAUAAACUUGUUGAAACAUAUAGACCCUUGAAAUGCUAUGACAUCUAAUGAAUUCACGGUGGCCAGUGGCCAGUGGGGCUAAAAUGUAGGUGCUAAAAAGUGUUGCCUGUUCUUGGAGUGUCGGGAAUAGAUAAAUGUUGUUACCAAUCUUGUGGAACAUUGCCCAUCCUUUUUCCUCACCAUAGUUUUGUUCAUGUAUUCUGUUCCAUUUGAAUGAUCUCUCUUGGAUAAUACUUUAUAUGAGAAAAGGUUAUAGCA